AUGGCGACCUGCUUGUGGCUGCGGAGCUGCGGGGCCCCGCGCCUCCGCUCGGCGCCUCCAGGCCGCCGCCUCCGCCCCCGCGCCAGCCGCCCGGCGCCCGCCGCGGGGCCCGCUGCCUGCCCGGAGAGGAGUUCAUUACUUCGGAAGUGGUAUGAUUUAAUGAUACAAAAUAAGGAUGAUCUUGCCAAAAUAAUCACAGCUGAAAGUGGAAAACCAUUGAAGGAGGCCCAGGGAGAAGUUCUUUAUUCCGCCCUUUUCUUAGAGUGGUUUUCAGAGGAAGCCCGCCGGAUCUAUGGAGACAUUAUUUAUACCCCAGCAAAGGACAAGAGGGCCCUGGUCCUCAAGCAGCCCCUGGGUGUGGCUGCAGUCAUCACCCCAUGGAAUUUCCCCAGCGCCAUGAUCACCCGGAAGGUGGGGGCUGCCCUAGCAGCUGGGUGCACAGUGGUGGUGAAACCUGCAGAAGACACACCCUUCUCUGCCCUGGCCCUGGCUGAGCUUGCAAACCAGGCUGGAAUACCUCCAGGCAUAUACAAUGUUAUUCCCUGCUCCCGAAAGAAUGCCAGAGAAGUAGGGGAGGUGCUUUGCACUGAUCCUCUGGUGUCCAAAAUUUCCUUUACUGGCUCAACAGCUACAGGAAAGGUCUUGUUGCAUCAUGCAGCAAACUCUGUGAAAAGGGUCUCCAUGGAGCUGGGUGGCCUUGCUCCAUUCAUAGUGUUUGACAGUGCCAACGUGGACCAGGCUGUGGCAGGGGCACUGGCAUCUAAAUUUAGGAACUCUGGACAGACUUGUGUUUGCUCAAACCGAUUUUUGGUGCAAAGGGGUAUUCAUGAUGCCUUUGUAAAAAAAUUUGCUGAAGAAAUGAAGAAAAACCUGCAUGUAGGUAAUGGAUUUGAGGAAGGAACUACUCAAGGCCCAUUAAUUAACGAAAAAGCAGUAGAAAAGGUGGAGAAACACGUGAGUGAUGCUGUUUCCAAAGGGGCCACUGUUGUGACAGGUGGAAAACGACACCAACUGGGGAAAAAUUUCUUUGAGCCCACCCUGCUCAGCAAUGUCACCCAGGAGAUGCUUUGCUCUCAUGAAGAGACUUUUGGGCCUCUGGCACCAGUUAUCAAGUUCAAUACAGAGGAGGAGGCAAUAGCAAUCGCUAAUGCAGCGGACGUUGGGUUAGCAGGUUACUUUUACUCUCAAGACCCAGCCCAGAUCUGGAGAGUGGCAGAGCAGCUGGAAGUGGGCAUGGUGGGUGUCAAUGAAGGCCUGAUCUCCUCCGUGGAAUGUCCUUUUGGUGGAGUGAAGCAGUCCGGCCUUGGGCGAGAGGGCUCCAAGUAUGGCAUUGAUGAGUAUCUAGAACUCAAGUAUGUGUGUUAUGGAGGCUUGUAGGAUUCUUCACCCCUUUAGUAAGUAAAAAUGGAAACUUGCCUACAUAUAUGGGCACAUGCCAUCCAUUAUUUUAAAUAAACUAAUAGGUUAUUAGAAUUAUACAUUUUUAAAAACUCAUCCAGUCCUCGUAAUCUUAAGCAAAUGCAUAUCCUCCUCCUCCCCUUACCAAACUAGGGACCAAUACAUGCCACGUGCUUGUGGCUGCCGACUCCAGGAGAGCCAGCACUGGGUUUAUAGAAUGGUGCCUUGGGACCCCACCACAACCCAGCAAGCCUGGGCUGCCUCAGAGCAAGGUGCAGCAUGAAGCAGGCCAGGCUAGGCCUGUCAGCUCGUCACCAGGUCUUGAUCAUUGCCUGGGCAAUGGCAUGACCAUCUGCCACGUGGCUACAGAAUAUGGGUUUGGAGUACUUCAGAGGAGGCCUCUGUGACUGGCAGGCGGGUCAAGGGCACAGUACCCUCUCCCUGGCAUCUGCCUGCUUAGCACUGAAGACACUUUCUGUGUAUUCAGAGAGUUGCAGCAGAGGUUGAAUUAAUCAUUUUUUUAAAGACUUGAAAUAACACAAAAUGGCCUAUGCUUCUGGGAGGAAUGAAGGAACACCUCGCAUUUCUAGACCAUUUUUUAAAUUGAAGUCUUCAUUGUCCUAAAUUUAACCCCUGAAAGGUAUUUUAAUUUCUGUCCUGUUUUCCGCUUCCUUUUGUUUCUUUUAGGAAAUGAGCUAAAGUGUAAAGGAAAGAAUAGCAGAGGCAGCUGGGCAUGAUGGAAGGCACGUGGUUGCUCGACCCCGCUCCUUCCCUGAGUAGCCUUAUUGCCCUGGUCGUGUCCAGUACUUUCCAUCUUACAUGUGGACUGAAGGUUCCAUACAGACCUUAGCUCGAUAGGAUAUUUCAGUUCCAAGAGAAAGUGACUUUGCCAGAAAAAAAGGAAAUUUGGAGUCUAUACAGGAGUCAUGCUGUGAGCAGCACCACCUAGCCUUUCCCUUAAACACUGGCAGCAGCUUUGCCAAGUUGGGAGAGGCCAGUGCUGAGCCUGAGUAAGUGGUUGUCACCUGCAGCCUGCUCUUUCUGUCCUGCUGCAGUGCUGUUCCUUUCCCUCCAAAAGUACAAAAGCAGUUUUGCCACAAUCAUCUCAAAAGGGGAAAACAUUUCCAUAAUUGCCAGUCCACUUUGUGGAAGAGGCAUGAGGCCUUGAAUUUCAGGCACCUUGUAUCUAAUAAAAGUUUUUAUAAUUCAUCACUAAAAAAAAAGAAAAGAAAAAACAAAAACUCCUAUGACCAGUGUUGCCUCUCACUUUGAAAAAGUCCAACUAAGAAAAUUCUAGGUUCUUCUAGACAUGCCUCCCAUCCCCAUAAGAAUAAAGGUUAUUCCAGGCCAAGUAGGUGAAAAAUGAAACACCUUCCUUUCCCCAUCUAUGUGUGAACUCCACUCAUUCUGUGUAUAAUACAGUAGUGGAAGGAAAGCAUGAAUGAAAAUAGUGCCAGAUGCAAUUACUCUUGAAGCCCACCCAGGAUUUAGAAUCUCUCACUGAGCCCCUGGGGAGCUGUGGGUAAUUAACUAAAGGUCUGGAAAGUCCCUAUGCACACAGGAGGAUGGCCUCCCGUCCUGGAGCUGCCUAGCAUCAGGUCUGGAUUACACCAGCCGUAUCCCCAAGGCUUGAAGGAGAAAGAGCUGAAAUUCAUCUCCUAAUUAUAUUGCUUGGGUCCUGUCAAGAAUUACAUACUCAUCAUUUUAACAAUUUCUUCUCUUUAUUUGCAUCAUAUUAAGUGGUUUUAUAUAACAUCCUAAUUACUUGAGAUUUGGGUGUGUUCAUCUUUUUUCUAUUAAGAAUAAAAAUGCUUUGAUGUUCUUUUUUAGAAGUCUGGAUUACCAAUCCUGAGAUGUAUGGAGGAAUACUUUCAAAUAUGUUUUUAACUUUGUAAGCCAGUGGAUUCUCUGGCUAGGUGAUAUAUUUGGAGUUUUCUUGCAUAUUUGGCUCGUAGGUAGAUAAAUUGAGGACCAGAGACUCAUUGUAAUCUCCUUGGUCAAUUUUAUAGUUAAAGGAAAUCACUUACUGUUUAGUAAAUUGAUUCUGGGUUGUGGGGGAAAAAGAAGUGUUUUUAAAUGAACAUUUUUUGUUGCUAUUUUUAAUCAGGUAACCAUAUGUGAUAGUUGAGAUUUUGAAAAAUGUAUAUUUUACAACAUGAAAUAGAAAAGGACUACUAGACCAGUGGUUGGCAAACUACAGCCCAUGAGCCACAUCUAAUCUGCCACCUGUUUUUGUACAACCUGUGACCCAAGUAUGAUUUUUAUAUUGUCACAUGGUUGGGGAAAAAAAAAUCAAAGAACAAUAUUUCAUGACAUAUGAAAAUUAUAUGAAAUUCAGGUUCCAGUGUUUAUAAAUAAUAUUUUUUUCAGAACACAGCCACAUCUGUUCAUUCCUGGUAUGGUCUGUGACUGCUUUCUUGGCAGAGCUGAAUACUUGGGACCGAGAUGGUAUAGCAUGCAAAGCCUAAAAUAUUUAUGAUUUGGUGCCUUAAAGAAAAUGUUUGCCAGUCCCUGAUUCAGACCAUAAGGGAUAUAUUGACCUUCCUUCAUUUAUCAGAUAUUAUUUCAUUGUAUUGAACCUUUCUGGAGAAAGCACUUUUCUGGGCUUUGCUACCAAGAGUUCUCAGCAGAAAGUUCCCAGCAAUUAUAACUCAAAUGAAAUUACCCAGAUAACAAGUCUGUUGGCCUUAAAUAAACAUUUCCCCAUUUACUUCCUCCAGCUAUGGAAGGGUUCUCAUUUAAAGAGCUGACCUGCAAUUGUUAUCUUUAUCUGUUUAAGUGGCUUUUAAGUAUGAUUUUAUGUCAAGUGCUAUUUAUUUCUUCUUUCCACACCUACCUUUAUUCUUAUGGAGAGACUUCUUGAAAAUAAAGAUCAGGAGCAAAUGUAAACAAAUGUUUUAUUAAUUUCAGUGAUGAAAUUGUGCCACGACUUUUUUCUCUGAAGGCUGAAUCCCAGUUCAGUGUGUUAAUUACCCAUGCGCAGCUAUUUUAAAUAACGUUUUACUUGAAUGAUAUUUAUGCUGUGAUUAUUUUAUGCCAUACUUUGUGGGAUAAAACUUGAGAAUGUGUGGUGAGAUAUGUAUAAAUGUUUUGCUAUUUAAAUAUGUGGGCAUCACUCAUUUUUGUAGUUUUUGACAAUUGUGUGUUUCAGUGUCUAGUCCUCAGAGUUGAGUGUGUAUGAUUAAUAAAUGCUGAAUUUAAAAAAUUUCCUAUUCCUGUGUUAA